AUGGCUAAACGCACAAAGUCAAAGAAUCCACGCGAAUCCCCCGGGCAAACUGAAGAUUUGGAAAUUACCGAUAAUCCCUACGAUCUGAAUGAACAAUUGCCGUUGCAGGAUGAAGAACCCGAUUCUCCCGAUCAUUUAGGAACUACACGCCAUCUGCGCCAGGACGAGGGCUCGUACAGUCUGCACCUGCAGCUGCAACAGCGAGCCGAGUCGUGGUCGCAGGCGGGGAUCGUGACGAUCGUGUUUUGCUCAGACGACCAUUGGCCGUACGCCUCGCUGAAGAAGAACGCCUCGCGGAUGUCGGUCCUGACCGUCAAGGACCUCACCAAGCAGGAGGCCGUCCGCGCCAUCCGCACCGAGCGCAUGAAGCUCUGGCGCGAAGCCCGGCCCCCCAACGAUCCCGAGAUCGAAGCUCUGUGGGCGCUCGUCGGCGGCCGGAUCGCUCAUUUGAGUGGCUGCAUGAAACAUAAGGAUAUGCUUCACGCUGCUAAGCUUAUCAUCGAGAGGGAAAAACAAUGGCUGCUAUCUCGGAUCGGCUUGAUUGUGGACUGUGACGAUGACGUCAUGGAUGAACAGAAAUGGGCGUCCGCAUCCUUUCUACUGAUGCAGGCCUUGGUCAAGAAUGCCGAAGAAACCGCUGCAUCGCAGCCCGGCUCUGUAAACCACUCGCACUAUCCGAAGGGCAUACUCGGUGGCCCGGCAGGUGAUGACCACGAAGAUAUGAUCUCUAUCGACACUGAUUAUCAGUAA